AUGGAUGCGCUCAGAAGGGGAGGUUUCGUCUGCAGGAUGGCCUUUCUGCUCCUUUUUCACUUCACAGCAAUCGUAAUAUCCAAAGGUAAGCACCGUAUGCGCGUAAAUGCCUGGCUGAAUCUGCUGUCAUAUGCAUCGAAGCCUCUGUCCUCUUCCUCCUCUUGUGCCACCCUUCUGCUCAAAGCAUGUUUUAUCACGUUUCUUGAGUUAUUGUGAAGAAUAAGGGUAUUUCCAAUAUUUACAAGAGUGACACAAUACACUGAAUUGUCUGGUGGUGGUUUGAAUGAUCCAUGGACUUCUGCUCUCUUACCCUCAUGCGUAGCACGCAAAGCAAAGGCUACGACAAGCCAUAUGUCACAUUGGCAAGUUCGCACAUUGUUUAUCUUCCUAUGUCCCCUGAAUCAAUCUUACUUAUCCCUCUUCCAGUCAGUCUUCGUAAUAUUAAGACCAUGCUGCAUUCAGGGCAGGUCUCGAUGCGUGCACAGAUGAGCAACAGGCAUGUCGAUGGAUUUUCUGUCGGUGGGAGUGACUGCACCGAUUUUACCAAUUCAAAUUCAAAUUGAACUUUAUUUAUAUGGCACUUUUCGUACAUGCUUCAAUUCAAAGUGCCUCACAAAGGCUUUAGAAAACAAUAAUAAAACCCAACCCUCCCACCAACACAUACACCCAUAAAUCUACAGACUCCUAUUAGAAAGAGUAAGACAAAAACACAAGGGAGAGGUUUAGGAUAAAACAUAAUUUUUUCAAAAAGUAGCACAAGCACUGUUUUAUUUAUUUCUUCUUUUUAUUUAGUUUUUGCAAAUUGAAGCUUCCUCAAGAAAUCCACCUGUUUCAUCCUUAGAUGCAGCCUUCAGACUCCUCAAGAACAGCUGCCGUUUCAGUCAUCAGACUGUAACUAUGCGACCUUUUUCAUUACCCUCUGCCCAGUCUAUUUGCUGUGGCUCACAUUUAGUUGAUGCCAGUCACAAGAGUGUACAAUAAUGCUUGUUAAAACUCAUGCUGUUUUCACUCCAUUAUGUGCUCAUAUUUCUGAAACAGUGCGUACAGCAAUAGGAUUAUUGCAAAUGUGAACAUCUAAGAAAAAUUGUUGAGCCCUGGUAUGCAAAGUCCCUCUCAGACAAUACAGUGUUUCAUCUUAGUGAUGUCUGUGGGGAGUUGAUUCAGGUGCCAUGUCUUCUAUAAGUUAUCCCCAAGGGCCUGUGAAGGAUUUUGUUCUUUGUUUUUUGAAGCUUUGUGAAUUCUUGACAGCAUUUUACUACAGAAAUAUGUAAUGCAUCUAUCUAUCUAUCUAUCUAUCUAUCUAUCUAUCUAUCUAUCUAUCUAUCUAUCUAUCUAUCUAUCUAUCACCUAGCAAGCCUGUUUCCUAAAAAGAUUAAUUUAUAUGAUAAGUGAUGUUUUCUGUGACCUGGGCUCCUCCCCCACAACACUCCUCUGUGGACUUUUGUGGGUAGGUGUGUUGGGGGGGCAAUGAGAGUCCCAACGUUUUUCAAUGGAAAUGGUUUUACCCAAUUAGACACUGUACACAGUCUGCUUAUGAGCCAUGGGAAGGUCAAGUGUGACAGCAACAGUGUUUUUAUUAUUCUACUGUCAUUAAUUUGCAAGUUUUGCAAACAAUUGAAGUGGAUACAGUCCUCGGGGCCAAACUUAACAGCCUUAAAAUAAGUCACAGACUUUGUUGAAUUUGUGUAAUUCUCUAAAACACAACAUCUUCAAGGGGACUUUAUAUUCAGUUGAGUGGGACUUAUGUCACCCAGUUCAUUAGCUAGAAUGUCAACAUACUGUGCUGUAAUACCUCGAUCUGAUUUAUGAUCACAGGAAUAUGUGUAAAGAUGAAGCUGCCAGCGUCUGCCCUGCUUGAAAGAGCGAGAUUGCAUCUGUGCCCAGGUUUUUGGCUAUGGAUGAAAAUUAGUGGCAUCUUCUACCUCCACAGAUGCACAGUUGGGUCGGGUGAAGCAACUAUCGUCACAUGGCAUGUGGUAUUUGUCCUUCUGUUCUCUGCUGCUGCAGCCAACCCAUUUGACAGCAUCCGCUGAGUCCCCCCAGGCUUCAGUUCAUUUUUGACCUUGCGCUGCAGAUUGUUCCUGUGUUCUUCUGUAGAUAAGGAAAAAAUAUAGAAACAAGAUUUUUUAAUUAAUUUUGCUGUGUAUAGGGUUUUUGUUAAAAAAUGACAAAGGUGAAAUCUGCUAUUUUACUCCCAAAAAAUACUAAUUUCUAGAAUCGACCUUAGCAAUCAGGCUGCGCUGGGUGACAAUGUGUGCAGUUCUUUGUCCAGACUAAUAUAUAAACAAAAGAAUAGAACUGCAUCGACCAUCAGUAAUGAUACGGUAAAGGUAAAGGUAUAUUCUCCUUCAUAUUGUGCAGCUUCUACUCUCAUCAGGUGGCUUUUUCAGUUAAAUCUGUAAGUUAAGUCUUUGUUAUUUCUUUGACACUCACAUUUUUAUUCAGUGAUUCAUCAGCUAACUACCUAGGAUGCUUAAAGUAGUCAGUAAACACCUCACUGGCUUCUCCUGGCUGCCAUGUUCAAACCCAAAGUCCAAAGAAGUUGGUAUGUCCUCUCUCUAAACCCAGUGCAGUAGCGGCAAAUGACUGUCUUUUAUGAGUUUGGUUCUGUUCAAGGUUUCUGCCUGUUAAAUGCAGUUUUUCCUCUCCGCUGUAACUUUCCAAAUGCUGAGAAGUGUUACACUUAGAUGGUUAAAGAUGGAAUGGGAGUGGGUCUGAACUUACAAGAUGGUACUUAAUCUUAUCCCAUCAUUACACUGGGUCUUUGUAAAUAGAGUAUGGUCUAGACCAGAGUGUCUUGAGAUAACAUAGUUGUAAAUCGACGCCAUAUAAAUAGGGAUUGAUUGUGUAAGUGUGUAAACACAGGUUAUUUUAUUUGAAAUUUCAUUCACUAAGUUAACCACACCUUUCUUGUUAUAAUUCCAUGAGCUGACAGUUUUAGGUUAGUUAGCCACGGCAACGUAUUUCUUUUGGAGAAAGGAGAGUGAAACCAUAGUUUUUGACCUCUACCAGUGGACUGGUUCUUGUUUUAAAUAUGGACGUAAGGAAAUUUGUAUAAACUUUUUGGGAUUACUUUUGUUUUUUGAAGUAAACUUUUGAAGCUUUUCAAGCGGUCUCAUGUUUUUACUUUGGAUCAAGACAAAGGGAAUCUUUGUGUGAGCAUCAAGCUGGGGGCUUGAUUGACAACACUUCCCUCUUUGAACUAUUUAGGGAAGAAACAUACUUGAGAAUGCCAAAGGGGUGUGAGGAACCCCAUUACAAGGAGGGAGUUGGCUGGCCUGUGCAGAGUAGGUGAUUGGUCUGUCCCCCGCCAGACGUUGUGAUAGCGGAGCUUCGGUGAUUGGUCACACCAGACAGCACUUCCCAUAGUGAGAUACUAGGCGCAGUUGGAAAGAGAACCUGAUUUCUAAGAUUCCUUAGAAUAUCUUGGUGUGUUGCCAGGUGGCUUGGUCCCAGUGACACCUGUGGAUUGUGGAUUGAUCAGUCAUCUAUAAGUUUGGGUACAAGUACUGGGUAUAAGUUUACCCAGUAUGGGGCACUACAACAGCAUUGAUUCACAAAAAGUAGGAGUUCAUUUCAGUUCACUUUCCAAAAAGGCAGAUUUUACAUUUACUUUGUGAUUUGAAACUUUGCAUACAUGAAGUAUGGACACCAAACUCUGUAACUUUACAGUGUUUUGUUGCAAAUAUUGUAAAGCAUAAUAUCCUCUCUUUGAAGACUACUGAGAGCACUUAAAAAAAAUGAUGGGAGUAGAACUUUAAAGCAAGAGUGCAUGACAGACAACAAGGACGGGGAUUAGAGGUUCUGCUUUAAUGUUUUACCAACAGGAUUCUUUCCAUUUCACAGCUCCGUGCUGUGAUGGUGUGAUGCUGCAUGCUGUGUAAUGGAAGACACAAGGCAGCAUGCUAGAUGGGCUGACGGCCAAGACAGGAAAGAGCUUUUCAUUAGUCUAAUAUCUCUCCUGUGUAUUGGCUGCUUUAUUUUGGAGAUGCGGCAGAAUCUCUCAAAUUUGUAUGACAUUCAUCUGAAUUAUUACCAUGUUGUGCUGAUAAACAGUUUCAAGAAAAUAGCUAAAUUUAUUACAGUGCUCUUCUGCCUUUUGUUGUCAACAAGGUUGAUGGACAGUUUCAGAAUAGCUAUGUUUGUUCUUACCCACUGCAGAAAUGUACAGUCUUUGAUGAUUUGUUAGAAAUAAAAGAGUCGGCACAGUUGCUUUUUGGUUGAGUGUAAAAAUGUUGCUCAAAGAUUUUGAAUGUCCUGAAAAAGUCUAUUAUAACUUGAAAAGUGAAAUUCUAGGUUUGUUUGAGUCUUGGCUACGGCUCACAGUUCAUGAAAAUUAAAAAAAAAAAAACACUCAGAGAACAUUGAAAAUUGUGGAAAAUCGAGUUGCAUGUCAGGUAUUUCAGUCCUGAAAGAGAGCGCUAAUCAGCUAAUUGAAUCUAAACACAAACAAAGGUUUACUGAGCUUUUAAUCUCUCACUCUGGUUCAGUGUACACACAACCACAAUCAUGAUUAAGACUGCUGACUUGACACUUGUCCAGAAGAAGAUCAUUGGCACCCUGCACAAAAGGGUAGGCCACAGAAGGUCACAGAGAGCUGUAUUACAGUGUAUCAAUGGAAAAUUGACUAUAGAAGGAAAAAGUGUGACAAGAAUAACAACUGGGAUGACUGCAGCCUUGAGAGGAUUGUCAAACAAAGGGGAGUUUCACAAGGAGUGGACCAAGGCUGGAGUCAGCGCAUCAAGAGACACUGCACCCAGACAUGUCAAGGAAAUGGGAUACAGUUGUCUUUUUCCGACUAUCAAACCACUCUGUAACCAGAGGCAAUGUCAUAAGCAUCACACCAAGGGGAAGAAGAAAGGAAGUGGACUAUUGCACAGUAGUCCAAAGUGUGGUUGUCAGUUGAAAGUAAAAUUUUCAUCCUUUACCAAAUUUUGGAGGAAGAUCAGGACGGCACAGAAACCAAGGUGCUCUAAAUCCAGCUUGAUGGUUUUGGAUACCAUAUCAUCUGCUGGUAUCCUACUGAGCAAUAGAUGGCUAUUAGACGUCAUUUUUUUGUUUUAUCCCUAAUUAUAACCAUCUAGAUUCUGUUUAUUUUUAGACGGGAUUUAGACGUUGCACUUUAACCCAUUAUUCGAUAACUAUUUAUUUCAAAAAGCAACUGUGAGUUGCCUAACUGAUCUCCAAGGACUUAACCAAAAUAAUUGUGAUAGCCCUUGAGCAAUAUACCGUGUAGUAUAGAUAUAGCCCAGAUUUAGAUUUAGUCUAAACUUGGUCUAAAUUUAGACAUCUAAAAAACUUUGAUUUUAGACCAGUCAUCUAGGCUACAUUUAGACGUCUAUUAGACCUCUUUUAGACCAAAAAAUGCUCAGUGGGAUUGGUCUUCUGUGUUUUCUUAAGUCCAGAGUCAACACAGUCAUGUAACAAAAGAUGUUAAAGCACGUCAUGCUUCUAUCUGCUAAGAAACUUAUGGAGAUACAGAAUAACUUGGUUUAUGAUCAGACAAUAUUGUUUGGUUUUGCAGGAAGAGUCAGAGGUUUGGUGAAUGUAGUUUGAAAAUUGAGUUUUGUGCGUAUAGUGUUGAGAGAAACAUGGUGGAUUUCAAGAAAUGUGUUUUAGCGAUUGAGGAAAAACUGUAAUAGUAAGAAAAUUGCUGAAGAAAGAUUGUGCCAAAUGAGUUGCAAGCUUAAUUCACCUUGUGGCACUAUGAAACAUAUCAAGAGUUUAAAAGCAACAUGACCCAGUUCACUUUGUAAAGAGAGAGAGACUUGUUUACCCCGGAAAUUAUGCAAAGAAGAGUUUAGUUUAAGGCAGUGGUUCUCAAGUCCAGUCCUGGAGGCCCACUGUCCUGCAUGUUUUGGAUGUUUCAUGAUUCAAAACACACCUGAUUCAAAUGAUCAGCUCGUUAUUAAGCCAUUACAGAGCUUGAUAAUGAGCUGAUCAUUUGAAUCAGGUGAGUUGGAGCAGGGAAACAUCCAAAACAUGCAGGACAGUGGGCCUCGAGGACUGGACUUGAGAACCACUGGUUUAAGGCAACACGAGAUGUAUGUUGUUUUGGACAAAAGCAUCAUCUAAAUUAAAUUGGUACACCGUGACAUUGCAACCUUGGUUUUUAGAAUUAGAAUUAGCUUCAUUGGCCAAGUAUGUGUACUUGCAUAAGGUCAAGGUCCUGAAUCUUUUUUCCACAGAAAAACUUUUUUGUAACAUACAGGAACACAUACUGUGUAAUAUUUUUUCAAAUUGGAUCAAUAAUUUGAAGAAAAGUUAUUUCCUGAGGUGACAAGAAAGCUCUUUGGUCGUGAGAUUGUACCAAUUACAUGAUGGAGGAAACUUUAACUGAAAGAAGGAAAGGCUUCAACAUUUGUCAUAAUAGUUCAUCUUAAGUAGUUCCAAGUGUAAGCUUUUUAAUGUAGACUGAUUUAUAUAGAGAGUUAAGGCAGAAGAAAAUUAACCUUUUGAGCACAAUUAAAAUUUUCGAGAUUAGCAUAAUAUUCUGUUGGAGGUCAUUUCUCUUCGGACCUUUCUUUCCUCUUUGGCUCCGUCAUAAAUAAAACAUCAAAGCUUAAUAGGAAGGCAGCUGUCCCAAGUCUACCAAUUUAGUUUGAUGGAAGCAGACCCCGUUGAGCACCACCGGAGAAAGUCAGUGAGGGGAUGAUGACGUAGAGAAGGUCUCACAAGCUGCAGGAGAUUCUUACUCUAAUAGACCGACUUUAACAACUUGUGCUGCCCUCACAAGAUUCUUUCUCCGGUCAAUUCUGUUUCCAAAGACAGUUGAUGUUAUAUACCAUACAGUGGUUAAAAGGCAGCUCUUUAGAUAUGAGAGUAAAGCUGGCUCCGGUGACAAAGAACCCAUUCUAGUCUUGCAUGGCCUUACCUAUCUCUUUUCUCUGUUUCAGUGGCAUGCAAGUGUGGGUGUUGGGUAUUGAUGUGUGCAUUUAAUUAUCUUAGUAUUGAGCGAGCAGAAAAUUUGUUGAACAACAUACUGUAUGUAUACAGUCAAAAGAGAAGAGGUGCAAAGUUAACACAUAAUUGCUGAUGUUUUUUUUCCUCCUUUCUUUGAUUGAUUCUGAGGUCAAUAUGGUGCCCUGAGAGGAGAAGGUAAAGCAGCUUGUAUAAUAUAUAAAGCAUUCCAGGAAGAGCCAUAGCAACUGACAUACUUUUGAUAGCUGCCUGGCAUAAUAAAAAAAAAAAACACUGCAGCCGUUAGUCUAGGAUCUAUUAUGUGAUCACAAAGAUCCGUCCAUGAAGCUGCAUUUUUUAAUGCUUGCGUUUGCAGCAACCCAGGGUGAUGGGAGAUUCCAGCCAAUAUGUUCUUAAAAGCCACAUAUCCAGAUUAGUGAAUCUCUGUGAAAGUGAGGACAACAUUGUGUUGUAACCAUUUCAUAUUUGGCAUUACUCCUUGAUUGCAUUACAGGACUCCCUACAGUCCCACAGAGGUUCAGACAUGCGCAGUGUCCAGUAGUGUUACUAUGGUAUUCUGGAGGGAAACUGUAUGGUGUAACGGUUCUGGAGAUUAAAAGUUAUCAAAAAGAUAUAAACAUCAUGUCUAUUGGAUGAAAGUCAACAACCAGCCCAAUGUGAAAAAGAAAUAGGAGUUAUUGGAAGCUGGUUUCCUGAAGUUCAGAUUAUUAUGGAGUCAUAAUGAAGUCAUUAUGAUCCACUUCUUAACAAUAAUACACUGAAAAGCUGUCAUCCAGCAUACUCAAAAGUCUGAAUUGCUGAGAGGAACAGGUUCACUCACAAUAUUUUUCAGGGUUUGAAUCAAUGUGGUUACAUGCUCUCUGUCAGACUACAUGACGUUACACUAAGGGCCUGACUUGAAUGGAUUGUUGCCACAAACAGCACCAAGGACUGUGCUUCAUACUGCCUGCUCUGACUCGAGGUCUAAUUCACAAUGCAGAUUGCACUGAUGAUAUUCAAAUGUAUUCUGCUGCUUGGCUUCUAUGUUCAAAGUUAAUCAACACAAUCCAAAUGACCAAUGAAUAAGCAAAAAAUUAUGUGUGCCCUAUUUUGAUGAUUUUCACCACCAUCCCAUGAUGAAAUGACUGUAUUUCUGAUUAGAUAGCAGCUUUUUCUCUGAACAAUAACCUGUUGCUGUAACCAUUCUGCAGUGCCAGCGAGCUAUAUGCUCUGGAGAUAAAGCAGCUACUUAUAUUUGCACAUGGUCUCUGACCCAUUUUCUGGCACUUUGAAACCAGAACUGAACCAACAUGGUCCACUGCCAGGUGCUAUCCAGUGUUUCCUGUUAUAUACUACGGUGCUCUUUAUCAGGGUCCAGUCAUUUUCAGACCAGUAGGAUCUUCCAGAGAUUUAAUCUUCAUCUCAUUUCAUACCCCAAAAUGUCAGAGACUGCAAACAAGGAUAAUUUGCACAAUUGCAAGAAAAAUCAAUUAAUGUAUUGAAUUAAUGAAAAUAAUAACCACUCCUCAGUUUGAGUGUUAAACAGUCAAAGCCAUUGUUUUCCCAAAGAUAUAUCAACAAGAUUUCUAUCAUCUUGAUAAGAACACUAAUGCACCCUCAUACAGCCAGAAUUAAAAGUCCAUGGGCAGCGCAGUAGUAGUAGUUUUUGGAGAAACAUUUAAUUAGCACUCUCUUUAAUAACACAGAUCAAUUCUCCAGACGUAUGAAAUGAGAGGUGCAGACAAACACAAUUAGUCUAACUUUAGUUUAGUGUUCCAAUUAGAAGAUGAUAAUCAGUUAUGGACACUGGUUUCUCUUAAAUCUAUUACACUGGGACCUCAUUAGCAUACUGAUAUAUAAAGGGAACUACUGGACCUGUUUUCCUCAGUUGAUGGAGCUGAUUUAAACUGGAAAUAAGAGCCAAGUCAGUUAAAGCCUUCUGGUAAGACCGCCAUGAGCCCACACAAAUCUACUGUAACAUCCCAGUUCUAAUGUCAUAAGAUCAACUUUUGCAAUAUUAUGUACAGAACAGACAAAUUAGAUGUGCAACAUCAGCAUGAUUUACUUUUGUUUGAACUCUGCACCAGAUAAUUUUCUCCCUCUUUCCUCACAUCUACUAGACAUCACAGUGCGUUUGAUAUUAUCACAAGUCACAGUGACGUAACACAAUCAACAACCAAUAGAUGAGCUCUGACAAAACGGAAAAAGGAACCUGACAGUCAAAACAAGAAGAAAAAUAAUGGAUGAAGAAUUACUGGCAACAACAAAAAAAGCUAAAAGAAUCAAGUUGUAGUUUUGUAAAUAGCAACCCUGCAAGAUUCACAGUCUUUGUGAAUUCUCAGUCUGAGACUAGGCUGUGUCUUAAAACUCUCAACACUUGUCUUUAGGUGUGUGCGCUGAUAGUUUUCCAGGAGUCUCUUCCAAAUCUUCUCAAAGUCUCCUGGAGUAUAGGUGGCAAAUGACUUUUGGUUUUUUAUCUGGGACUGUGAAAAUCUUUUGGCGUAAACCAAGUAUUAGCAGAUUAGAGACUGUUGCGCCUCCUUCCCUCAAGCAUUAGACAGCAUCAUGUGUAUUUAUGAGCUGAUUAAUUAUUAGACUAGAGUAGGACUUAGGUACCUGCUGUAUUUCCUUCUGAUUUGAAUUUUUUUUCAAGGCGUUCGCCUAGAAAGUCAUGUUAAAUAGCCUGUGUCCUUGAUUUCAUGAUAAUGAUAAGAGUGAACAUAGUUACAGCUUCAAUACUCAAAAUUGCUGCUGCUGCUGAGACCGCCAAGUUUUCUAAAUUGCAUAAGCCUCAUCACAGAACCUCAUUUUUUGCCUUUGAAAGUGAAAUAAUGUGUUUGGCAAAGCUGAUUUAGAGAUGCGUAAUUUACUCAAUGUUCACAAAGAAACUAUACUGCGGUAAACUAUUUCACUUACAGGGCUAAUAAAGGACUUACCAUCAUCCUGGUGCUUUUACCCUGAUGGUGUAGCUGUGUCUGCUGAUUAAGGCACUUCUGCUGUACUGGCAGAAAAACCUUUGGGUGUACAAACUUUGUCAAUAAGUUCUCUUUGAACCAGAGAGACAUGAACAUGAAGGGGUAAAAAGCUCACCUAAUUACUCUGGGUAUCCAUGUGGUGUUAUAGCCUGAUGUUCAAACAACUGGCAGUCUCUUUAGGCUCCACACAAAAAAAAAGCUCCUUUACUGUCUUGAUCAAGAAUUUCACAGAAAACUUGUUGAGUUAUGCAGUUUUUAGAGCUCACAGCCAAAAGGAACAUCUCAGAAUCUGCUAAAUUGAUCUAAGAGUGAAUAACAAGAAAGAAAAAAAGUAAGGAAAUAAUAAAAAUCCCUCCUGAUAAUAACUUGGCUUGAUUAGCUUUCAAACUGUGAGUUUGUCAGGAAAGUAAGACUAUGAAAUGCUAGUUUGACCUCUUUUGAAUUUGAUAUUGUAUAAUGAAUCAGAAAAGUCUGCUUUGUUCUCUGGACUGAAAGUUUAUUUGUAAUGUUAGACCUUGAGAAGACUUUGUCUAAUUCGCCUCAGUUAAGAGCAUUCAUGGAGCAGGACCUACAAAGUCUAUCGAGUUUCUACAAAAAAGUUAGGUGCUCAAUCUCCGAGGCUAUUUUUACCUAUCAAUGGCACUGUACAGCACACCUGCCUCUCUGGGCUGAGGGGAAAAGGAGGCAAAAACCAGAGCUCAUACAUCAAUGUGUCACCAGCCUGGACGGUCCAACUGGCCCAGGAGCACGCUCCCUCUAAUAGGUCAUAACUGGAGGCCCACCCAAAAUCCCACAUCCUUGAUGGGCCGGAAUUCAUUACAUAGUUAAACAAGGUUGAUAGACUUCAAGCUGCCAGCUCCUUCAGUCUUAUAUUAAACAAACAGGUUUUCUUGUAUGUCAAACUUAAAGUUGUGAUUGUGCUCCGUAACAGUUUUCUACACACAAACUUGAACUCGUGAUUUUCAACUCAUCUGUUCAUGAAUUGCCAGGGGAUUUUACCUCCUACUCUCAUCUGCUUUCAGUAGAAAGUCCUCAAGAGCAAAUAGUUUUUUUUGCCAAGCAAAGCCAGCCAGUUCUGUACGUGUAUGCAAAUCAUCCAUUUGCAUGCCAAACAGAAGAAAGAUGUAAUGUUGCUUAACCAAAUGUGUACAGAGAAAUAAAAGAAACAGUAGAAGAGAGGUGCUGAUUCAAUGUGUUCAUCAGAGGUAUUUUAGACACUUGUUUCUGUGAUGAUUUGAUGCACAGUAUGAGUUAUAUCAGCUGGGGAGGUAUUUUGCAAAGUUUCAAAUUACUAGAUAAAUGUAUUUUGUCAUAAUCUUAGAAAAUAGAUGUGAACUGCUCAAAUCUCGGACAAAUGCAAGAAAAUGUGAGACCAUAGUCUAUGUGUGAGAUUCACUAAAAUUCUUACCUACAAUUUAUAGGCUCUCCUAACUGGUUCAUCCAAGCUUCCAGCAAAGUUGAACGGCCUGCCUCCAACUAGGGAUGCACCAAUCCGAUCCUGGUACUGAAUAUUGGCCAGAUACGCACCCAAAAAGCUUGAUCGAUAUCAGUGACCAUGGCUUAUCCUGAAGGCCGAUCCUUGCAGCAAGUCUAGUCAGCUCAGAUCUUAUGACACAGGUUUUGUUAUUUUGGCCAAAAAACUUCAUCACACUUUAAAGACCACUGAGAACACAUUAAAUAGUAAAAAUCGAUCAGAGUGGGUCUUAAAGAGUUGACUAAUGAAUGAACUUCCUGCCCAAGAGUAUCCAUCUAAUCACAUCCAAAUGUCAAUCUGACAGUUCCCUGUACAGAUACCAUUCGCCCUCUUGUCUCAUUAUUAAUGGGUAGGGAGUGAACUCAAUGGAGAGCAAGGACAAAGUGUGUCCCAGUACCCCUGUGCUAGCCGGCAGAGGUCUGAAGGUAAGGAUGGUGACUAGCUUUCUCUCUCUGUUCCUUCAGAUUAAUGAGGCAGGUGACGAUUUGGCCAAAGGGCUUCCUCCUAUGGGCUUUGAGUUCAGAGCCAGAUCGGGGCCUACCUCUCACAUUGGUACCUGAUGUGUUGGAUGAAUUUAGUAGGCUGACAUUCAUUACACUUAAUAAUGCACUGAAGGCUCUAUGCAUCUCUGCAACCAGCUGUCUGCUCACAUCACUAAUGCACUUAGGCUUCAACGGCAGGGUCUCACCAAGGGCUCCUGCACACUUGGUCAUCCAUCACUUCACUGAGCUAGGCAGAGCAUGUUCAACUGGAGAGAGAUUUCCUCUGGCCUGAUGUAGAUGUACCUGAAGUACAGGGGGCACUUUUAGAACAAUGUGUGAUUAUGAUUAGUUGUUAAUCAAUGAGUUUUUCAGUGGUCAAUGCUGAUACAGAUAACGAGAACGCAAGCAGGUUGAGCAAUGGACAUUAUAUAAUAACAGUAUCACAUUGUGUUUUUUUUUUUUGUUGUUGUUUGAUUUUGACAAAAUACAAUUUAAUAGCAUAACAGAUUAAAAAAAACUAAACUGCUUAACUAAAGUAAAUAGUUUAAUUUGCAUUGUUUUCUUAACCAGUAACAUGUUGAGAUUGAUAUUAGGUUAUACCAUGGAUUUUAGGGACGAUGUGCUUUUCUCCCAAUUCGAUUCUUCUGCGAUUUUUUGGAUGCCUAUUCGGUUUAAAUUGCGAUUCUAUGAUAUUGCCAAUUUUCUCAAUUUUUGGUCUGCAUUUUUAACACCAGUGAAACAGUUGAAUGAUUAUGAUUGUCUACUGACUACUCCAGGAACCAUAUUUCCCCAAAAAAAUACACAUCACAUUUAAGUCAGUUCUUAAGAUUCAUUCUUAAAUUUGAAAAAAAAAAAAAAAAAUCGGGUUUUGAACAAAAAAAUUGAUUAAAAGAUUGUAAAAAAAAAAAUUGUGAUACUUGUGUGAAUCGAUUUUUUCUCCCACCCUUAAACGCACAUGUUGAAGUAGGACUGAUACUGUAUUUCCUGCGCUGUGGAGGCUGGGGUAUUCCCACAAGGACAUUGGUAAUCCAUUUAAAAUAAUCAAUAUGGUUUAUUCUGUGAGAAAAUGUUGGUUGAAAAAUUUUCAAGAUACACUAACUCUAAAACUGAAAUUUUGACCUGAUGGUGGCGCUACAGGAAAGGUCAUAUCAUCACCAAAAUCAGUAGGGUUCAUCCUCUUGUGGUAAUUAAGGUUGUCAGUAAAUUUGAGAAGAGUUGUAUCAAUUAGAUUUCUAGGUAUGAGUAAAUGUAACAAAAAAGGCAGUAGUCAUCCUAAUUAAUCUGUGUAUCCCUAAUUAGGACUGACUGUUGUGGGCGUUAUGAAGACAGCCUCGUCUUGCUUAGCCUCCCUAUCAUCAGGUGUGUUGCCUGAGAGCAAGGUGGUUUACGCGGCCUUACCUGGUGGACCUGUCCCUGCCAGUAUACCACUACAUAGGCCAAAACCUGACUACUCUCUUUGCGUUAGAGGAUGAGAGUCAUUCCUCUUCAUCCCCAAUACUCAUCCAUCUGCAAGGAUCACUCCUGGGUAGGGUGCUAGCAUCUGUAUCUGCAGGAUCAAGGCCCUGCACUGAAAACCACAUCCAUUAUAGAUUCUGCCACUUCCACACUUUUGUGAUAAGGCAUGUAGGGAUAAGAAUUGUGUGCAGGGGGCUUUAUUAGUCCUUCACUUUUACUGUCUUUUGCCUGGCUUGCUGAAUGCUGACUCUGCACUCUGAAAGGAGAGACAUCAACAGAUGGUAGAUCAGGGCAUUAAGAGACAUCACCCCCUCUCCCCUCCUCAUGUCCUCCUUAUAUCUUUUCUCUCUUGGUGUGUGAUGCAGGAGCAGUAUGAGAGCAGACAGAUUGUCUCUGUAAAAGCACAUUUCAAUGUAGUGGGCUGUGGGAUGAUCUGAGCUGCUGGGGCCUGGCUCAGAGGAUAAACAAGGUCAAACAUACAGACAAAGACACAAAGUUGUAUUUGUUUUUGUUGAUAAGCAGAGGCAGAUCAUUUUUGGAAACCAUCAUGACAGCCCUUAAAGGUUUUGAACCACAGACUGUAUAUAGAACGGACAUCAUCUGCCACCUUGCUGGGCGAAGCCUCUAUGAGAACAGCACCCUCUGGUGACGGGCUGCAGAAUAGAACAUAAAUCCCGCCUCUUCCAGCAAACUUAAUGGAGCUGUGGACAAACUUUAGAAAUUUAUAACACAGAAUAUAAAAUUUUCUUGCCAUGGUUGCGAUGUUGACAUGUAGCUAUUUUAAGACUGGUUUGUGCUCAAGUCCUCUUUUUUCUGUGCAGCUCCAUUUUUAAAAGUUAUUAGGGGUUUCAUAUUUUCUAUGAUUGACACUUGAUUCGGCCAAUGGGCAUAAUAAGAUUGCGUAGAUCAUCUGGGGGAUACGCUGUUUUAGCAGAGCCUCAUCACAGCGACUGUCCCGCUGAAUGUGUACAACGCAACUGCUUAAGUGGUGGUACCUGGAAAUGGAGAAAAUCACGGAAAUACCAAGAGCAAUUUGGCUUCAAAUUUGACAGGAGGCGGGGCUAAGAAUAUCAAUACUGAGCCUUGAAAUGCAGCAAUAUCUCUCUCUGCUCUUUACUGACGCUAAUAAAAAGAUUUUCUGAGAGAAGCAGAAGCAGAGAGGAAAUGUAACUGUGUGAGCUUAGAUACCUUCAGGGCCCAGGUGUGCAGAGUUACUCUAAUUGAUGUGCAGAGGGAAACCUGCAAGACACACCCCUAACAUGACAUGAGUACUAGAUGACUCUACAUGCACAUCACAAUGUGGAUUGAAGAUUAUAAUUGGAAACUAGUAGAACAAAAUAAUAAAAAAGUAGCUGAGCCAGAUUGCCUUUCUGCAUUAACAUUAUCUUUGUUUUCCCCGGUAAUGUGAUCGAGCGAGCACGGCUAGAGUUAAAGCAUCUUCACUUUUACUCUGGUGCAUAAAGUGCCAGAUAAGAUUUACUGCUGAGCUGAGUUUUAAAAGUCAUUCCCCCUGAAUUCCAGUGUGGGGUUUUUAUGGUCCUCACCAGCCAGCUUGUAAAUACAUCAGCCCAAAUCCUUUGGCUCUCAUCUUCUGAGAUUCAACUGACUUCAAAACUGCUGAGCUGUUGUGCACUUUCCUCUCAUCAUAAGACAGCAGCAAGCUGGGCAUUUGAAGUCUAAAUAUAGGAGGUCUUUUGAAUUCUUUGAGAGAAAUUCACUUUUCUUCCAACCAUUCUGCUGUUUAGGAGACAGUGAUGAAGCCCUUAGUUCCUCUCCUACAGCUGUGGUCCAUAAACUAGGUCCAAAAUGUUUUGUACACAUCUCUAGAGACACCAUUGGCAUUGGCUCCUCUUUCAUCAAUGUAAGCGUAUCUCUGUUUUUUUUUUUUUUAAAGAGUUUUGGAUCCUUGAACUGGCUCAUCACCUCAUUCCUACUUGUGCCGCUGGGAGUAGAGAUUCACCGAUCCAUUUUUUUCCAAUCCAAUCCAAUACCGAUACCUGGGCUGAGCAUAUCGGCCGAUAUCCAAUAUUGAUCCAAUACGACUGUUGAAUGAACUGUAUACCUUGCCCUGUGAGUGAAGGCAUCAGGCUUGACAUUAGCCUUGUUAUAAAAAAGGUAACAAAUUAACACAGAUGUAAAAUGACUUAAUAUUAUUUAUAACAAAUAACAAAAUGCGCAUUAGCCCACAGCAAAAAGAAGUAAAACUUCCAUGUAAACAAUUAGUGCAAAAGGAUAGACAGACAUAGAAUAUAGAGCAAACAGAAUGACUGUUACCAUGUGUGUCAUUCAUCAGAUAUCUGAUCCAGUUAAUUUGUUAAUAUCAGAGCCUAUAUCCGAUCCACAUAUCAGAUCGUUGCAUCCCUAGCUGGAAGGGGCUGAGAUGGGAAGGGGGUGUAGUUGCGUAGGGUUGCGCUGCUCACAAAUUCAGCAAAGCGCGCUUUGACACAUCCCACCUUGACCUGACUUGUGCCACGCCUGCACCACGCCGCCAGUGGGAUACGAAUUUGGAGCCCAAAGAGUUUUUCUCCUCUUAAUAUGUCUGCAGUACUGCUGUCAAGUCAGAACAGAAUUAUAGCGAAUUGUGUGUUUUUGACAGAAAAGCGGUUAUUGACUUCUUCACUAUUCUUCUAGAAGAGAAGUAGGAUGGUUGACUAAUUGUGGUGUUGGUUUUCAGGUGCUACAGCAGAGACUCAGCCUGAAGCUCGGCUCGCAGCCCAGGGCACCUUGCCAUAUUUCAUUAAGGAGCCAGAGGAUGCUUACAUCAUAAAGAGUAACCCCAUUAAGCUGCGUUGUCGAGCCACACCUGCCUUGCAAAUCUUUUUCAAAUGCAACGGAGAAUGGGUGCACCAGAGUGAGCACUUUUCCCAAGAGUAUAAAGACCUGGACUCUGGUAAGUUAAAGAUUCGUAACCCUUCUGUGUACUGCUCGCAUGUGGUAUCAGUAUUAACUUGUGCAGAAAAAAAUAAUCUGUUGAUAAUUUGGUAUGGCCCAUUAAAGAUGUCUCAGAGCUGUUGAUGAGUAUUGGUCGUGUAUUCUACACAUAAACAAGCCACUGGCAUGGCCAUAGAAUUGGGUCUACUCCUACUCUGUUUGUACGACUCUAAAUUGUUUUAAAUAAUCCAAUAUUGAUUGACUGUAUGCUCCAUGUAUGACAAUUUGUACACACUCUCCACACCAAGCAGCAUCUCCUGGCACCUGCAUACAGUAUCUUUUCCUGUCCUUUGCCUCACUUGCUCUUAACUGAGAGAUUGAGACAAAUGAAGCUACAUCCUCAAUCCAGUGAGGAUUCUUCUGGAUUCACUGUUAAAAGUCCAACAAACACAUUUGCAACAAAACAACCCAUACCGCAGGGGCCGGGCUGGCGUAGCAGUCUACACGUACACAGAGGUUAUACCUCAAGUGGCCAGCCUGGGCUCGCUCCCUGGUCUCUCCCCUGUUUCCUAUUCUGUCUGAAGUUCUCUCCUCUCCAAAUAAAGAAAAAAAACACAAUAAGCCUUAGAAAAGACCCACACCUCAAACUUAAUAUAUUGUCAUAAACUACCAGGCUCUGAAAAAAUACAGCAAAAUAACCCAAUUUUAUCCUCAACCAAGGAUUUGCAUAUCGUAAAGUUCCAUCUCCACCUGAAUUGUGGUUUUCUGAUCUUCUCUGUGAUUAAGGGCUCAAGGUGAGAGAGGUGAUGAUCAACGUAUCUCGUCAGCAGGUGGAAGAUUUCCAUGGCCCUGAAGACUACUGGUGUCUGUGUGUGGCCUGGAGUCACCUAGGCACCUCCAAGAGUCGUAAGGCCGCAGUGCGAAUCGCCUGUGAGUAAGGAAACACCUGAGUGACAGUUGAUGAAGAAGUUUUGGAUUUCCCAUGAGCAUAAAAGUAGUUAUGGUCAUUCACAAUUAAAGCUCACCAAAACUGCUUUGAACUGGUAAUCAUUACUGAUGCUGAUGCUCAGAGGCUGAAUGCUCUGAAAUUUACGCUGAUGGGGCUCAGGAUCUGCAGACUAGAGAGGCAGGUUUUGCAAUAGUACAUGACAGAUCACUCUAUUGAAAAUUUCCUUGAACUAGAGCAAUGACCGACCUGAGAGAGGCAACAAUUUGCCAAAAGGCAUCUUGUCUGCCAUAAAUCCAGAAGAAGAUGAUUCAGAUCAAACUGACCUCGACAACUAACACCUGAUACCUGCUUCUUAUUUGUACUUCCACAGACCUGAGAAAAAACUUUGAGCAGGACCCUCAGGGAAAGGAGGUGCCAAUCAACGGGAUGAUUGUCCUGCACUGUCGGCCUCCAGAGGGAGUGCCGGUUGCAGAGGUAAGGUGGAUUCCCCUGGUCCCUUUUCAAGAAGAAGGAGCUUGUACUCCUACAGGAAGUGUACAUCAGUGUCAUUCUCCUAGCUGGCAGCUUGGAAGUCUCUAACCCCAACCCUCACCUGUACAUUGCUAUGCUAUUGUAACUGUGAUGGCAGAUGGUUGCCAUGCUCGAAAUGCUCCUUUCAUCUCCCCCAAACUUCACCUGCAUGAGUGACACUUGUUGAGCCUUUUUCAUAAACACAAACAGAGUGUAAGUGAAGGUGGCAAUGUUGAUAAAAUGAGAGUGAUCAAAGAGAUGACAAGCAGAUUUGUAGCCGAUCUCUCUUUUUUUCAUGCUUUUUAUUAGUGCAGAAACCACACAACCUGAUCUACAACUCCCACUCUGUUUGCAUCACAGAUAGGCUUGUUAUCAUCAUUUUUGUUAAUGAGCAUAAGCAUGAGGAAUAAGUGAGAUCCCAUCACCUGUGCUAAGAGGGGUCCACUUCUGAAGGAUCAGUACCGAUAAAAUCCUUUAAGCUCCAUUCCUCUGGUUCUUCUCUUUUGGAUCCACAAUGAGAGUGACUUCAUUAUUGUCCUUUUAACUUUUACUGCGUUAGUUUCAACAGAUGUCACAGAGUUCCUUUAAAAAAAUCUUCCCCAGAAUGAUAAAAUGAUGUAUUAAAGUUUAUAGCUGUAAAUCCACGUAAAUGAUCUUUAUUGUACAUUUCCUCAUUUUCGAGAGCUGGGAUAAGACCAUGUCAGAAUCUUUUUUAAGCCUAGUUUUAGGAAGGAUGUUGUGAAUGGGAGUUUUUAGCUGUUGAUCUCAGCUCAUUAAGUCAGUGAUUUCACGCCACAGAUUGUGGUGUCGGUGGCAGCUUGUAGUAAGACACUUACUGGACUUGUAUACCGGAAAACUACAGAGGUGUUGAGAAGAGGGUUAUUUGAAAAUCCGUCUCAUCUGCCUCUACCCAGAUGUAAGCCUGAGAAACACUGACACUUAAAGGCUGUUUAUUUUCUUUUUCCCAGAGUGACCAUCUGAAAUCUUAAUCCAGAAUAAAAAGUGAGAGAAGCUGCUCCCAUUAGCUAGCUACAAGGAAAAGUUAUGCUUAGAGCUGUGAAACUUUUUAGAGAUCUGUACAGUUUGGACUUCUCAGAACCCUUUGAUGCCUGAAACCGGAAAUUAUGGCCAAAAAUUCAAUUUUUUUUGGAGCUAAAAUGUUAAUUUCACUUACUACUGAAAACCAAAAAAAUCAAAUUGUCCUUAAAAUUUAACAAAUAUAUUUAUUUAUCUUGUUUGAUACAUUAGAUGUUUUUGGAAACUGAUAAACCACAAGAGGACAUUUUUAUCAUUUAUCAGACUGUAGUCAGGUGUUUUUUUUUAGUAAUUUGUUGAUCAUAUUGAUUUGAUAGAAGUAUAACAAAAGUAUGUAUCAAAUAUGAUACAAAAGGCAUUAGAGGGUGAGAUGGAAAGAAAGUUGCCCCUUCACAGAUAUCAAAGAUAUCUUGUCAGAAAUGAACUGGGUGCUCACUGUGUGCUCAUAUCAGUAUUAAUACAAAGAAUAUGUAUGUAGAUGCUGCCUUAUCUCUGCUGUAAUCAGCUGUUUUCAUGUUUAAAAAUCUUUUUAAAUGUGAUAAGGAUGUUUCUUUCUCUUCAUUUGUCCCUUAUCGCUUCCCCUGAACAGAUAAAAUGGCUCAAAAACGAAGAACUGUUCAAUUCCUCCACUGAUGACAACAUCGACACUCAUGCAAACCACAACCUUAUCAUCAGUGAGGCCCGAAUCAGUGACUCAGGAAACUAUACCUGUCUGGCCAGCAAUGUGGUGGCGAAGAGGCGCAGUGCCACGGCUACUGUGACUGUCUUUGGUGAGCCGCCGCUUCAACUACUGUUGUUGUUUCCUAUUGCAUAUAUAUCUGUAUACUCACACACUUCAGAUCAAUCUUUGGCUUGUUGUUCUUGAUAAGUGAUUUGGAGACUUAUCAGAAGAGGGAGGUUUUCUCAAAAUACCACCUAUUAUUUAAAUUAAACAUUAACUGUAUGACAGAGAAUAGGAGAGAGCAUUUUAUUUCGUAAAGGGAGAAAGUACUAUGCCAAAUAGAUGUACUUCAAUGAUGUUACCGAUCAGCUUUACAUUAUGUAUUUCUACCUUACAGUACCUUAGACUCUGCACAAUCAUAAGAAACAUAAGCUCUUAUCAGAGGACUUAUCUAUGCCAGAGUUCUGGACAAGUCUGUGUUGUUGUUCACACACUCUGUCCCCUCUUGAUCUAUGACUUUGCUGAACUCUAUCCAGUGAACGGUGGCUGGUCCCUGUGGACGGAGUGGUCAGCCUGUAACGUGCUAUGUGGGUGGGGUGUCCAGAAGAGGUCUCGAACUUGUACUAAUCCGGCACCUCUCAACGGCGGGGCUUUCUGUGAGGGCAUUUCUGCACAGAGGAUCACCUGUGAUGCACUCUGCCCAAGUCAGUUUCGCUCAGACUUUAAGUUUCUAAGAAGAACUUUUCUUCCAUAUGUACAGUUAUUAAUAUUUACUGAGAUCAUCAUGCCUAGAAUAAAAAUCAGGUGUGUAACAGUGAAAAAUAUACAAAACUUUUCUUCUUUCAUUUAAAAACAAUGUUAGAAGUAACCAUUAAGUCUAUUUUUUACUGGCCCAUCAAUAUACAUAUUUAUCUGUUAUAAAUUAGAUAUGGUCUCAUAGAUCUGGUCACACAAUUAAAUGCAUGGUAACGUUACAGUUGAUGGAGCCUGGGACCACUGGAGUGAAUGGACUGUAUGUAACAGCCAGUGUAAGAAGCAGCGGAGCCGAGGGUGUAAUUCUCCCCAACCCAGACACAACGGCAAGAAGUGUGAAGGGAACAGCGAGGCCACUGAGAACUGCACAGAUGGACUAUGUGCCCAGAGUAAGACUAUUUACUUCCACUGCUACUUUCUCGUUUUCAUGUGUGUGUGUUAGUAUGUCUCGAAAACUGCUACAUGAUGUUAAUCCUCAAAGUGAGUUCUCCUCUGUGGAUUUCUCUCAUCCUUAAUCUCACCUACCUGUACCAACAAUAACAUGCUGCAUUUCUACCCCAAGCCAAGAGAUAAAUUGGUUGUGACGAGUGAACAUGUGAUGUAGAGAAAGAUAGAGAAAGGGUGUGGUAAUGCUGUGUAAGGUUAUAUUGGGGGGGUCAUCAUUCUCUAUUCUGGUUAGCACCGUCCAUAAAACGGAGUUAAAGAUGAAGAGGGAGCAGAACCUGCCUGCCUGGAGCAGCCCUCAGAAAAUUAUUUUCGAAAAGCUUGUGCUUCUUCUAGGGUGAUAAGAUGUUGAAUAUUUAACCAUUUCUAACCAUUUAUUUUUUAUUUUUACACUAUUUUAUGAUUUGUGAUGGUGCAGAAGAAGAAUAUACAUAGAUUUAAAAUGAAAUCACGUUUUACAGUACAGGAAAAACGCCAUCCGAACGCAAGUCAGCAAAGUGGAAGUGUUUUCUCUAAAAUUAAGCUUAAUUUGGAUCAUAACCGGAUAGAGGACUAGCAUAUUUAGAUGUUUUUCCUAUCGAGGAUUUCCUUAGAAAUCAUCUGAAUAUGCUUCUAGACAAUGUCAGUAAAGAAACUCAUGUUUUCAUAUAUAGUGAAUCUGUACAGUACUUCUGGGAGCAUUAUUUGAUGGGGGAUAUUGAUGUAUUGGUGAAAAUCUCAAAGAUUUUAAAUCUCAUGUAAUAUUUAAUUGAUUAUUGAUAACAAGCCAAACCAAAUUGCCUCUGACUCCUUGCACUGAGAGACUUGGCUGCUGGUUAUAAAAGCAUUUGGUAAAAGUCCCUCCCAUGUCAACAGUUUGAAGUAACAACUAGGCAUGUUCAUUUGUUUUUGUUUUAUUUAAUUUUUUUCUCUGGUGCAUAUAGUGACAAAAAGAAUCAAAACAGAUGGUCUGGUCCACGUCAGGACCUCUGAUCCAUCUAGUUUUAUUCCCAUUCUUAACAUUAUGUAACACAGUCAGUGCGAGUCUUGACUACUUUUGAUCUUGGAUGUCUGUCCAACGACAGUCAGGUCUUCAUUCUUUCAUCUUAUUGUGAUUGGUUCUCUCUUUUAUCAGUUUUUGUAUAUCAGAUCAAAAAAAAAAAAAGCAUUUUUUUUUUUAUUGUAAUGGGGAAAUUUUUAUGCAGUUCAGUCACUUUAAAAUUCCCCUAAUCCAAUACUGGAAUGGGACAAAACCAGACACGGCAGUCCAAAUAAGAAACAGGUUUUAAAACAGUGAACAGUUUAAACAGUAUCAAACAUUUAUUGAUUUUGUUGUGCUUGCCUAACCCAAAGCAAUAAUUUGAGAUGAAGCCAGUAUUUUAGGUCAUUUUUUUCAUAAUGUAUCUUGUGUUCUCCAUCUGUGUCUUGUUCCUCAGGUAUGGACAGUUCCACCGAUGUCGCUCUGUAUUCAGGCCUGGGAGCUGGAAUCAUUGCUGUGACAAUCCUCACAGUGGCAGUCAUGCUUUACAGAAAAAAACACAGCGAGUAUGGCGUGGACGUCAUUGACUCAUCUGCACUAGCCGGAGGUUUUCAGUCUUUCAACUUUAAGACUGCAGGUCAAGGUAAGAGAGAGCGCCACCGCUCCCACGCCGAGACACAUGAAUAAAGGCCGAAAGGCAGCAUCUACAGAUAUAUUUCUGCAGCAGAAAUGCCGUGUGUUUGCAUUAAGCAGACAGGCCUACAACCCUGGUGCCCUCUGGAUUUAUAACCCCAAAGUCAAUGAAGUGGCUUAUCCUCCUCAUCUCUGUUAUUAUUCAGAAGGAGACAGUGUUGCUGGAGCAGCAAUGGGUUUCUUGGCUUGAGCGGCUGUAAUUAUCAUGACCAGCCAAGCAUUUGUAUUACUUUGACUUCGAUCUGCGGGUUAGCACAAGUGCCAGCCAUAGUCGCCGUGGGAGAUCUAACAUCACCACAGGUAACAGCACCUGUAGUCGUCUUCGUCCAAGGCCUGGGGAAGCAAUCAAGCUCCUUCAGGAUUGGAGGAACAGUCAGCAGGUGAUCAGUUUUUUUAGUCGCCCAGUUCUUCUAGCAGACUGCUCACUGUGCCCUCCACCUGCCCAAAUCGAUCCUUUUUAUUUUCCUUUUUCCUGUCCCUGUGCCAGAGAUCCAAAAAAGUGCCAAACACUUCAUCAUCCCAACUUCGCUUUGGAGAAAUACGCAAAAGCAUUUAUUAAGUUCUUUACUGUAACGCUUUCCCUCGAGUUUAAUGCAGAUUCAGGAUGAAAAUAAGUCAAACAAAACAAGCAAUUUUAGGAUCUCCAUGUGAUGUUUUUUUUUUAGUUCAUUGCAAUUGAACUGGAUACCAAAACACUUUAUUUCAGAGGACCUCAUCCAUUAAGUGGUGCUGUGACAUGGACAAUAUUUCAUUAACUUGGUUUACAUUAUGCAGAUUAGUGACACCGACCCUAAUUAUACCAGGCCUCUCUGCUGAGCUCCACUUGUGUGUGAUGGCUUUAUUGCUGAACUGUGUCACCUGCUCCCUUGUGUCAUCUGCAUAGCUGGCCAAUAAAGCUGUUCGCUGAACUUGAAUGAACACUUUAUUGGGUUUCUGUUGUAGGCUCAGUAAAAUUUACUGGGAAGGUAUGGCAAUUUUAAAAUGUCUUUCAUCAGCCCUAUUACUGAUGACUUCUUGAUUAGUUUAGAGUACGCAACAAUGAAUCUUAAUUUGAAUAUAUUUAUGUUUAUAUGUCAUAUUCAUGUUAGUAAAGAAAACUCGAGGGAAACAAAAAGAACUGCAGUUUUGAAAAACAAGUCAAAACCAGCACAUGCUUGAACGCCCAUCAUUUAUCACACUUCCCAUAAUAAAUAAUAUUCCUAAAAAUAAAACAACAUUAACCCCCUGCUUCGCACCCCUCAUCAGGCAACAGCUGGGCAGGCCAGCAAGGACUCUGUGACCGUUAUCUUGGCACAGCUUAUUCAGGGUCACCACAUGAGUCUGCCAAAAAACUGGCACUAUCAUCACGUCUAAUGGUCACAGAUGAAGACCCCCCUCUAUCAACCGUUGGGUCCAUACUUGGAAGCUGAGAGACUCCUUUCAAUUACAGAGCAGUCCUCCACACCCCCCUUGGCCUUCCCUCCUGUUCUUUAGUGGGGUCACCGGUGUCCAAAAAAGCUGGCUCCAGCCGGUGUAUUAUGGAGAUCAAGCUGAGUGUGUGCUUGGUAAUUAAAUCCAAUGCCCUGACCGUGGCUCUGUGUCCUGGACUUUCUGCCCAGGUUCUGCUCCCAUAACUCUGCUUUAGUGGUCACCUAAAUGUUCUUGUAAUUGAUGCUUGAGAUUUGCUGGUUAAAUGCAAAGACUUUUUUUGGAAUUAGCUUAUUAGUUAUUGAACCAUUUCUCUAAAUAAUGUAUAUAAUAAUGUACUACUUUCAGAUGACUGUGUGUGACCAUGCUAUUUCUCCAUCUCCACAGGCAACCCACUACUCCUCAAUUCCUCAAUACAGCCUGACAAAACAGUGGGACAGACAUACAGGACUCACUUGUGCUUCCAGGACAGCACAGACAAAGAGCUCUUUGACCCCCUGCCAGACAUCAAGACUAAAGUUCAGAGCUCCUUUGUGGUUUCACUGGGUGUGACUAAGCGGGCUGAGUUCCCUACAAAAGUCCCCGUCGAGACCUUUCCGCGAGAUCUGAUCCAGGACUACAGUAGCAGUGCCGCCAGAUGCAAAACGGGCUUGCUCACCCUCGAUGGACCCACUAACACACGCAGAGAGCGCCUAAAGACCAGCGGCAUGUUUGACCAUCAAGGUGGUCGACUGAUGUUGCCAAACACAGGUGAGCAUCACAGAAAGUAAAAAAAAAAACAACAGGUACUGCAUGUGUCUAGAGUAGUUAGUGAAAAUCAAUGCUGGGCAGUCUGUCUCAAUAAUAAGUGGUUGCAGUUUCUUCUUUCCUAAUAUAAGAAAGCAGUCCACAAUACAAGUGUGGUUUGUUGACACAGACACAAAAAUGCGCCACAAGCCUUUUUCGUAAAAGCACUUCUGAAAAUGUCCUGAAAGUUUUGAAACAGAAUCACAAUUUUUUUAAAUCAUAUUUUAGUGAGGACCUGAUUCACAUAACCUAACUCUCUUUGCAAAGAGAUAUUUGUAGUUCACAAUGCUCAAAGGGACCUCACACAAAGAUCUCUACUUUUGUAACAGUAAUGUUUGCAUCAAUUUAAAUGCAAUCAGACUAAGUCAAAAUGUUAGAUUUCAGGAACACACAAAUUAUUUUUUUUAUAAAUCUAAAAUCCUAAAAUGUUUUGACUUUGGUGGAGCACAAAACAGCUCAUCUACUCGCUGAGGAGGGCAAGAAAAAUCAUGGCCGACCCCUCCUACCCUGGCCACAGUCUCCUCUCCCUGCUCCCCUCUGGGAGAAGGAUGCAGCUGCUGAAGGCCACCACAGCACGCCAUAGACUCAGUUUUUUUCCCCUCUGCUGCCAGGCUGCUCAAUGAGUCUGGCUUCCCUCCUCCCCCCGCCCACUAGGGACUUUGACACUUGAGAGACUCUGAAACUCUGAAACUGUAAUGACUCAACAACAUUUGCACUAUUGAUCCUACUGCACUUUAUAUUUAUCUAUUUUCUGCACGGUGUUGUUUGUGUUUUAUGUUAUCUGUGAAAAAACAUCCGAACACACUCAUGUUAUUGCCAAAGCAAAUUCUUGUGUUUUACACAAUGGUUAAUAAAGGAAUCUGAAUCUGAAUCUACUCUACAAGGCGAGGAGUAAUAUGCUCCCAGUAAACAUUCAGAAAAUGUUUUAUGAAAGAGAAGAGGGUUAUUAUGAAAGAGAAGAUCUAAACCUAAAAUUAAGAAGUGUGCGCACAACAUUAAAAAGUUUCUGUAUCACUGUCAUUGGAGUUAAACUGUGGAACAGGUUGAGUGAAGAGCUUUGACAAAUUCUGAGCAUAGUGCUGUUUAAAAAGAGGCAUAGAGAAAUGAUUUUCCAGAAGCACAUGGAUGAAUUAUCACCACAAGAUGCUUGUUGAUUAUUUGGAGGAAAGACUGUGAAUGGUAUGGUAAAUAGAUUUGUAAAGAUUGGUAUGAUAAAAUAGGUUUGAUUGUGUUUUUUUUGGUUAAUUUAAGACAGUUUUGUGAUCUGAGUUAGGAGGUAAAUCAAGAUUUAAGAGGGUAGGAUUAGACAAGUUUAUACUUCUUCCUACUCCUUUUCACUCAUGUAAACUGAGGGUCUUAAAACAUGAGAGGAAUGCAGAUUCAGCUACUGUCUUGUUUUGUUUUUUUCUGAUUGUCACUUAUUUGUAUUUUUAACUGUUUUUAAGUUUCAUUUACAUGAUCAAAAUAGAGAUACCAAUUAUCUUUUAGCCUGAUUGCAUUAAAAAAAAGCCCUAAACCAUGACAUUUGAGUAACAUUUUUACUUACUGUGAUUGAGCGUUAAUAAGUGUUGCUACUCUCAACUCUUAGGGGUAAGAAAACAGUUUCUCCUCUGGAUGACCCAGAAAUAAUAUAUCCUUACAGAAGUCUAUAAACAUUAUGUUGACAUUGCUAUACUUAUUAAUACAAAUGUCAGACGUUAGCAUUUGAUUCAUCAUUCUGAUCAUGGAUAAAAUACUAAAUCAUUACCCGACAGCCACACUCACGCAGACAUACACUGUUGAUGCAUGCAUUAUGAAACCAUUAACAUAUAUGAUUAAUGGCACUGGUGGUAAUGUUAAAGGCUGAUGAUGAAUUUAGUUUGUAAGUAGGUGUCUGAAUGUGUGAGUGUAAGUGUGAGUUAGUGUACACACAAGAGUGGAAUAGCCUGGAGUUUCAUCACUGAAUGAUUAAUUAUUCAAAAGUAUCAGACUUAAACAGAAAACUAACAAUAAGAGGUAGUCUUAGAUUACAUGUUUUGAAAGUAACUCCAACAAUAAACAGUUGCUGCAUGGAGAUAAUUUACAUUUCUUGAGGCUAGAAAUUAUUUAUCUCAGGGCCACACAUUAUUGUUAUCUAUGUUAUCUAUGUUAUGUUAUUAUGUUAUCUAUCUCUAUCAUAUCCACCGUAUUGAAUAUUAGAAUUCACUGUUGUCAGGUUUUAUUUAAAGAUUUUAUACUUACACCUUCAGUUAGUAAUUGUCAUGAAUUCCAAGUUCAAUCAAGUAAAUGAAGCUCUUAAAGUUAUCGCCAUGUCUCCUACAUUUCUCUCACAAUGCCAGGCCGUUGGAAUUGUUGAUGUUGACAAGUUUGUGUGUUUCCAGGGGUUAGCCUGCUGGUGCCUUAUGGAGCUGUGGCUGAAAAAAUGUCCUGGGAGGUGUAUAUGGUGAUCAGUCAGGAAGAGGCAAGGUGAGGCAAGAUACACACACACAUACACUUGAUGAAUCUCAAACCCUGAGCCCUGAGCCCUCAAAACAUGUCUGAUUUUCCCUGUGUGUCGACAUACUUGUCCUUUCUUUCUUUAGUGUUCAAACAAAUGAAGGUUGUGAAAUUCUCUUGGGCCCAGAGGUGACAUAUGGUCCCCAGGAUCUGGACCUGUUCUGCCCAGUGGCCAUGACCAUCGCUCACUGCAUUGAGGUGGAUGCUGAAAACUGGAGCAUUCAGCUCAAGAGGAAAACUCAAGACAGCAAAUGGGAGGUGAGAGCUGUAUGUCCACACCUCACUAUCACAGGACAGCUGUACCGCAGCACCAUGCUGUGCUGCAGUACAGCUGUCCUUGUGGCUCUUGUUCUUCUCUAAUCCUCUUUUUACUCAAAAGCUUUAUUGGUAUUUGAGUCAAAAUGUCAAUAGUAGGAAUGAAGACAGGUUGUAAAUGUGACUCCGAUGUAAGGAUUGGUAAGCCAAGCGCAGGUCAAGAUAAUGAAUAUUUCAUGGAUGUCCUGAUCUUCUUGGUGGUUGUCAGGGAUCUAUUUUAGAAAAAGGACUGAAUGGAUUGGUAUACCUGUCUUUCUUUCUUUUAUUCAGGAAGUGAUGUCAGUGGAGCAGGAGACUACUUCCUGUUACUGUCAGAUGAACUCAACAAGCUGUCACCUACUGCUUGACCAGCCAGGCUCAUAUGCACUGGUGGGUGAGCCCCUGACACAGGCUGCCACCAAGAGGCUGAAGGUGGCUGUGUUUGGAAGUAUGGAGGAAGGUUCCUUUAGCUACAGCCUGAGACUUUACUGUGUGGAUGAUACACCACACGCUUUUCAGGUGAGUGUUUGGCACUGGUUUUACCCUCACCCUCAGAUAAACCCUCUGGCGUGGAAUCAUUCAGUUAAGUGAUAAGCCAGAUUAUGAAAAGAGGUUUUAUUUUUAUUUGAUCUUUUUUAUUUUAUUUCCUCCUUUCUUUUGAUAAUUUCCUUCAUCCCCAGGGUGUAGUGGUGGCAGAGAGGACCAGAGGGGGUCAGCUUCUCGAGGAGCCAAAGACAUUGCCUUUCCGAGCGAACACCUUUGGCCUCCAGGUUUUCAUUCAGGAUGUUCCUCAGUUUCUGUGGAGCAUAAAACCCUUUACUACAUGUCAGGUAACCAUGAGAGGAACUCACUCAGUAAUAAACAGAAACAGGAUUUGGGAUGACUUUAUAAUAAAACAGUGUGAGGCUCAAGCAAAUCUGAAGCAAAUUUUAAGUUUAUUCACUUUUCUGCUCAGAUGUAAACAUACUUAACCUCAACGUCAACCUUGACCUAAAAAAACCCAAUGUUUCACAGUGUCUUUGAAGAUCUAAAUGCAUUAGGAAAACAACAAAUUUAGAUAGUAUUUGCAAAUAUUUUGGGCUGAUUGUCUAAAAUAAGCAGCACAUCUCAUGUCCAACUCUGCCAUAAAUCUGGAUAACAGAAGGCAGUCUCCAUCUUGACAAAAAAAAAAAAAAGAGGAAAACUAAUGAGCCCAGGCAGGCCAACUGACCAGUUUGCCUUUUCUCAGCCAAGACAAGGUGACCCAAGAGGCUAGCACACACUCUAUCAGACACACAAACACACACACAAACACAAUCAUCCCCUCAGCAAGGCCUAUUCAGCUUAAAGGGAACAACAGUAUUUUUUUUUACCUGGGCCCUAUUUUCCCAUGUGUUUUUGUGGGCAUGAUUAAUUUCUGAAAUUGGUCCAGUAUCGACUUCCAGCAAAACAAGCUAAAAUGUAGUUUUAACAGGCUACUGCGUAUCAUCAAACUGCAUCCACUACAGGUGCUUUAUUUCACCACUGACAGGGGAAAUUCCUUUUCCCACAGAUUCAUUAUAAUCAUACUGUAUGCAGGUGUUAGCAGUGUAGGAGUCACAGGUGAGGUAACUGUCUUUGAGCUAUAAUAGUUAGUCUAUAGGAGUUAGUCUCACCAGUCCCAGUGUGGUGAAUCAGGUGAACCAGGCCAUUUUACGGUGGGCUGGGCUGGUUGUAGAGCCAUCAGGGCCAGUUUACAGUGAUGGUAUCAUACAGGCUGCACUUGUGAGGGAACAGUACAAGUAAGCAGCUAAGAGAAGAGACAUUGAACUCUCUCCCACAGCUGAACAGUAUGCUACAUUUAGUCUGUAAAUGAGGCAUUAACCUUAGAGAACGAGAAGGGCUUUUAUCAUAAAUUAAAACCAACAAAAUCAUGAAAACUAAAAUGUUAAAUCAUUUUCAAUGACUGAAGUUAAAAACAAAAACCAAAGCUUUGUAAAAGGAUGAUGAUAAAUUCAACAUGAAGUUUUAUCUUUGCACACAGAAACAAACACUCUGGAGCAAGGAGUUAGCUUUUGGUCAGACCUCUUAACAGCAGAAAAUAAUACAAAUUCUUUUUAUUAUGAUAUAUCAUCAGGGUACUUUCAAAGAGAAAGCUUUAGGUCUUCCUCUGAAACAUUUAUGACACAAAUAGAUAAGAUAAGAUAAGACAUUCCUCUAUUAGUCCCACAGGGGGGAACUUUUAGUAUUUGGACAUGCUGGCAAAACUUCUGCUGCUCAAUAAUAUAUUAUUCCAUUCAAAUUUUACUGUGAAUGGACGAAAAAUAGUAAGGUGGGUCAGGGUAUGGUCCGGGUAUCACUGGUUAAUUUGUUUUUUAAUUGUGAUCCUGUAACCAAAGUGUCGAGACAACUCACACAAUCCAGAGGAAAGGUUCCUUAUCUGGUCCCAGGACACAGGUUCACAUAAAUCUGGUCAGACUUGUUUUGCCCUUCAGCUUGGACAAAGUUAACCUCUCCAGCGAUCCACCCAAAUCUGCAACUUUACUCAUUGGUCGAUUCAAAGAACAGAGACUGAGUUAUUACCUUCCUGGAACUGACUCCAUUACUGCCCAUUUGAAUAAUCGUUCAUGUUUCAACCCAGGUCUCCCAUGUCAGAUUUAUCCAUGUCUGUCUUCAUAUGCAGAUUUGAAAGAGACAGAGUCUAGCAAAGGUCUAUAAAGUUUUACACUGAUGUGCUUCUUUCCUUGAAAUGUCAUCAUACAUGAAAGAAAAUCUAUUUUUGUAGCCCCUUUUUUAAAUUCUGCCCCAUCAGGAAUUCUCCUUUCCCCAAGUGUGGCGCAGCAACCAGCAGCCUCUGCAUUGUGCCUUUUCUCUGGAGAGAUACAGUCCAGCCACCACCCAGCUCUCCUGCAAAAUCUGCGUACGCCAGGUCAAAGGCUAUGAGCAAAUUCUGCAGGUCUACACGGCGGAGGUGAGACUCUGGGGUUAAGAGAGAUGACAGAGAUGGGUGAAGUUUCACAUAUUCACAUUGUGACCAACUUCUGUGUCCCAACAAUGACUACAGUUAUCGUUGCUUACAAACCCUGAAAAAAAUACAAAUGGUGUGUGAUAUAAAGGCAAUUUUUGUUAAUAAAGGAAUUUGUAUCACCUAACAAAAGGUUAUUGUAAGAAGCUUUUAUUGCGGACUAAGUACAUGAGUACAGUGCAAGAGAAAAAUAAAGAGAUAAAGGAGAGGGGAGAGAGGGUCAACCAACAGCCGAGGUAAUACGCCUCUGUCACAGGUUCAAGGGUUGUCUCAUGGGAACACUAAAGUCCCCUAAACUGUUCAGUCCUGUGACUCUGAGAUGUUCAUGGCAGCUGCUUGUCUGACCCGGCAGGAUGUUGUGAAAGGACUGUCUGAUAGUGUCCAGGAUGCACCUUGCUUAAAGUACAUCUAUACUCCACUGUCCUCAGUGAGUCUAACCUGCAGAGAACUGUGCCAGCAUUUCUCCAGGUCCCUCACUUGCUUAGUGUCAUGUUGCCUUCUCAGCAGCAGUUCAGUGAAAAGUACUUUGACCCUAAUGCAAAAGGACGGGCAUAUAGUGAAGUAACCCAUUCCCUUAACACCCUCAUCCAAACAUCUAUCUUUGUGUGAAUAAAUAUGACUAUGUUUAUGGUAACCUGAUCCAGCAGGUUGUACAGACUGCUCAAAACAAGCAGCAGUGAGAUUUGCAAAUCCUGUGCGACCCUGAACUAAUUAAAGUCUUGUUGUGUUCCCAUCAUCCAGGCUGAAAAAGAGUCAGUUCCUUUUUUUAUGCUGACAGACUGCACUAUCUCAUCUCAGACCGGGCCCCAGGUCUUCAAAAUUCCCUUGUCCGUCCGGCAGAGGAUUUGUUCCACCUUCGACACCGCCAACGCCAAGGGCAAGGAUUGGCAACUCUUAGCUCAGAAACUCAACUUAGAUCGGUGAGAAUAUUAUGUGCAUUAUUUCUGAGACUGUAUCAUGUAUGCACCUUUUUUUACACUAAUUAUGAACUCAGUCAGUGACAAGAGAAACAACUCAUCUAAGGGUGCUGUUACUCUCGUGAAUGUUUCAUUCUGCGCAGCUUUAUGUAAGAAAAAUUUCCUUUGUAUUCGUUUUUAUCAGCAAGAAACAGAACCGGUCAUUUUAAUGUCCAUAUGCUGUUUUUUCUCUUGAAUGCCAUGGCUUAUUAUGGGAAUUGAAAUGUCUGAUGUCUCAAUUGUAUGGUUUCUUUUUGAGAGAAACUAUACAAUCGUUAUUUUGUAGCUAAAUACCUUCUUUGUCCUUUAUUUUUUCAAAAUACAUUUAUGCAUUAUGGAAACUUCAGACACUUUAUUUAAAUGCUAUCAUCUCCCAAUAAGCGCAGAAUUUGUGAGAUGCUGGUAUUUUUAAAGACUCCAAAUUAUCUACAUGGGCUUUCCUCCCUGAGUUCGGCCACUUCUGAACAGAGCAUGGUGUGAUUAUUGGCUGCAGUCUUUUACACAACUUGAUGUUUUGUCCUCUGGUGAAGAACAUUUGGUGUGAAACACCGCCCCCAUCUGGAUUCAAUACUCAAUGGUACAUAUAGGCAUUUGACAUGGCAAAAUUAUCCCUUGUCUUUAAUUUUUUUUAACCGAUAUCAAACUGGAUUUGCUUAUAAGUACUUUGUUUCUAGUAACUGUGAUGUUAAUCUUUGCUCCAUUUUUAUUUUUCUAGUCUUAAAGACUAUUUAUCAUAUCUAUUUGACCCAUGCAAUGUGACGCUUUUCCACACUUAAGAAAGAAGUUAUUUGCUGGAGUGAUUUAUAGAUAAAUAGUAUUUAAAUAGUUUGAUCUGUUGUCUGUUAUAAAUACUUAAAAUGUGUGUGUAACUUGUCCUUUAAAGAGUUCCAGUUGGCUCAGUGUUGGUGCUGUUUAAAGAAGGACUUACUUAUUGUUGGAUUUAGUUUGUUAUAUUUUUUUUUUCACAGUUAUACUUAUUUGCAUUAUCAGUUGGACUUUUUAAAACAUGAUUCAAGCAUAUCCUUCAUGGAUUCACUGUAGAUAUGCAUAAUAUCUUCAUGAAAUCUGCACCCUUGUCAAGUCUUUUCUCUUUGAGGGUGUAUUCUUCCCGUACCACGUAUUAACCUGGCUUUAUGUGGUCUCCUGCAGAAAUCUGGGUUAUUUUGCAAAGCAGCAGAGCCCAUCAGCAGUCAUACUGAGCCUAUGGGAGGCUCUCCAUGAGGACACAUCUGACCUUGACUCAUUAGCCAGUGCCCUUGAGGAGAUUGACAGAAUCCACUCGAAAAGCUCUCCUAAAGACCUUAAAGAGUAUGACUCUACUCACAAGGAAGCAGGAAUUUUGUGCAGGACCAACCAACAAACAAAUCAGAUGAUUGAGGAUUCUGUUCCUGAAUGUACAAGCUGA